UUGUUUACUUCGCGGAAUUUUCAGAAAUAUCCAUUUUUUUCAGAAAUUAACAAGAAUUUUAUUCUCGUUGCUUGUUGCUGCUACCUGAAUGGCUAGCCCAUUGUAUGGAACUGAGAACCAGGAAGACGAACCGGUUUACGAGGAGCACGAAGCAUCCGUCGAUGGUAAAUUGGUGAUGGUUGAAAUUGAACUUUUGGACCACCUGCCCUGCGACGAAUCGAAUAUCGAGAAAGCGAAGUAUGUGAGCUACGACAAAUUAGAUUCCGCAUUCAUCCGUGAUUCGGAGAAACCUAGUAAGGAUACCUUCACACCAGCCGUCGAGGGAGAACGGAAGCGAUCGACCACAAAUCGCAAGGAAAGACGUAAGAGGCGGUGCACCAUCUGCGGUAUCUUCGUUAUUAAUUUGCCAGAACACCGGCGUAUGCAUCUUGGCAUACGGAACAACCAAUGUCCUUAUUGUCCGUGGUCAUUUGUACACCGGGCCAAUCUUCAUGCGCACCUUAACAUACACACCCGGGAGCGUGUGUUCCUUUGUGACGAAUGUGGUGCUGAGUUUGUUAGUAGUCAAGGCUUGGCGCAACAUACGCUAAUACACAAGGAUCGGGAGUUCGAGUGCGAUGUGUGUGGUAGCAGGUUCAGCCGGAAAGCAUACCUCCGGCUGCAUCUCGAAAAUGUGCAUAAGCCUAAGCUUAACUACAAAUGUGCCGUCUGCGAUAGAACUUUUGUUACUGAAGCAAUGAUGCAGCAACACAUGAAAUUGCAUGAUGCGGCCGUGUUUAGCUGCGGUGUUUGCAAUCGAGCGUACCUGUUGAGAAAAAAUCUGUUGCGACACAUGAGGCUGUCGCAUCCCCAAGCAAACGACUCAAAAUGUUUACAAAAACAGUGACUAGAGCGUGAAAUAUACGAUUACCUG